CUCUGUCCUCCCUGCAUCUCUCUCCACCCCGCCCCUCCUUUAUCCAACCCCUCUCUCGCUCUCCUCUCACAGUCGCCCGCACGUCCAUGUGAGCACCUAGACAUCACUCUGAAUGCGAGGAGAGAAGAAGGGCUGGUCCGCUUCGCACACAAUUCUCCCUUGACAUCCUCCGAGAACGGCACUCGACUGGAGGCCGAAGCGGGACCUCAGUCAGAGAAGUGCAGUGAUCCCUCGCCCUCACUCGGCAACGAUGUCCGAAUUGAUCCUUGUCUUUCUCGUCAUUCUGGGAUUCGGGGAUAUAUAUUCACACGCUGAAGCGUCCGGGGUCGGAGCACCAGAGACAGGUGCGGCAGAGGUGACGGUGCGAUGUCCGCUCAACCACAUACAGUGCAUCGGCACGAGGAAGUGCAUCCAUUUCAACAAGCUCUGCAACGGAGCGAAAGACUGCCCGGAUGGCUUCGAUGAAGGAGUGCACUGUCGAGAGCUGCUGUCAGCGUGUCAUGAGCUGCAUUGCCGGUACGGCUGCAUCAUGAUGAGGAACGGCACCUUCUGCUUCUGCGCCGACGGCUUUGAGGUGGGAGACGACGGCAAGAGUUGCAGAGACCAUGAUGAAUGUGCCGUGUACGGGUCGUGCAGCCAGUCCUGCGCCAACACGUAUGGCUCUUACAGAUGCAGCUGCGCGGACGGCUACACCCUGCAGCCUGAUGGCAGGUCCUGUGCAGCCAAACACGAGCCUGGUGGGGCCUCUCCCGUGCUCCUCAUCGGUUCUACGGACGGCGUGUCGGUGUCCCAGCUGGACGGGUCGGGGCCGCAGACGCUGCGGCAUCUAGACGGGAACGGGACGUGCGGGCUGGACUUCAGCGCCGAGGAGGAGACGGUGUGCUGGGUCACGUCCGGGGAGACGGGCGCGCGGCUCCGCUGCGGCCGCUUGAAGAAGCUGAGUGGGAUCUGGGGGGAGAGGGAGGUCAAGCCCACACAGAGCCUGCAGAAUGUGGAACAUAUGGCCAUUGAUUGGUUCACCGGAAACUUCUAUUUUGUGGACCGUGUGGGCGACAGGAUAUUCGUUUGCAGCUCGACUGGAGACACGUGUGUCACGAUCAUUGACGUGGACCUGGUCAACCCUAAAAGCAUCGCUCUGGACCCCUCAGUAGGGAUGCUCUUCUUCACAGACUAUGGCAACGUGGCGAAGGUGGAGAGAUGCAACAUGGAUGGCACCAACCGGACCCGGAUUGUGGAUUAUAAAAUAGAACAACCAACGGCAGUCACACUGGACCUGGUUAAAAAGCUUGUGUACUGGGCCGACGCCUACUUGGAUUAUAUCGAGGUGGUGGAUUACAAUGGCAAAAACAGACUGACCAUCAUCCAUGGGACCCAGGUCUCCUACGUGUAUGGAUUAACCGUCUUUGAGGACUACCUCUACGCCACCCACGCGGAGUCUGCCACGGAGUCGGCCGCGGGCAUUUUACGGAUACAUCGGUUCAACGUCACAGACCCGGAGGUUCUGUCCAGCACGGGGAAUUCCAGGCUUAUGCAUGUUUAUCAUAAGCUCAGGCAGCCAAAAGUUAGGAGCCACGCCUGUGAGGUGGACCUGUACGGGAAGCCAGGCGGCUGCUCCCACAUCUGCCUGCUGAGCGGGAGCUACAAGUCCAGGACCUGCCGCUGCAGAGUGGGCUUUAGCCUGGGAGGAGACAGCCAGUCCUGCAAACGACCCAAGAACGACCUGUUCCUGUUCUACGGCAAAGGAAGACCAGGGAUUGUCCGUGGACUGGGCUUGAGUGUGAAGUCCAGCAGCGAACACAUGGUUCCCAUAGAGGACCUGGUGAACCCACGAGCGCUGGACUACCACGCUGAAACAGGACACAUCUACUUCGCCGACACCACCAGCUUCCUGAUUGGACGGCAGAAGAUUGAUGGCAGUGGCCGAGAAACAAUCCUCAAUGAAGACCUGGAUAAUGUGGAGGGAAUAUCAGUGGACUGGAUUGGGAAUAACCUGUACUGGACCAAUGACGGCUAUAGGAAAACCAUCAGUGUGGCCCGCCUGGAGCGAGCCACAGAAACCAGGAAAACCCUUUUGGAAGGUGGCAUGUCCCACCCCAGGGCUAUAGUGGUGGACCCCCUGAACAGCUGGAUGUACUGGACAGAUUGGGAGGAGGACGAGGUGAACGACAGCAUUGGGAGGAUAGAAAAAGCCUGGAUGGACGGCUCAAACAGGAGAAUAUUUGUGACAUCCAACAUGCUCUGGCCCAACGGCCUCACCCUGGACCACGGGACCAGCUCCAUGUACUGGUGUGAUGCCUACUAUGACCAUAUAGAAAGGAUCUACCUCAAUGGCACUGGCAGAAUGGUGGUUUACAACGGCAAGGAGCUGAAUCAUCCUUUCGGGAUCUCGCAUUACCGGAGUUCUAUCUUCUGGACAGAGUACAUGAACGGCUCCAUCUUCCAGCUAGACCUGAACUCUGGAGACGUGAACCUCCUGAGGAGCGAGCGCCCUCCCCUCUUCGGCCUCCGUGUGUUUGACGCCCAGUCUCAACAAGGUGACAAUGCCUGCAGAGUGAACUAUGGGGGGUGUAGUACCCUCUGCUUGGCCGUCCCAGGGGGGAGGGUGUGUGCAUGUGCUGACAACCAGCAGCUGGAUAAAAACAAUGUCACCUGUUCAGCAUCGUCCGGGGAGGAGGCUCCACAGAGGUGUCGCAACGACGAGUUCCAGUGUCAGAACCAGCGCUGCAUCCGGACCUCGUGGAAAUGUGACGGCGAUGACGACUGUUUGGACGGAAGCGAUGAGGAUCACAACGUCUGCUACAACCACAGCUGUCCUGUGGACCAGUUCAAGUGCCCGACUAAUCGCUGCAUUCCCAAGAGGUGGCUAUGUGACGGAGCAGAUGACUGCGGGGACAAUGAGGACGAGUCCAACUCCACCUGCUCAGUCUCUCGCCCAUGCCAGCCGGGUCAGUUCUCCUGUGCCAACGGCCGUUGCAUCCCGGAAGUGUGGCGCUGCGACCGGGAGGACGACUGCGGGGACAAGUCGGAUGAGACGGCGUCGUGCGUGUUCCCUACCUGCGAUCCACUCACCCAGUUCAGCUGCGCCAAUGGAAGGUGCAUCAGUGUGAAAUGGCAUUGCGAUUCAGACGAUGACUGCGGGGACGGUACCGAUGAGGCGGGCUGCGCUCAGUCCUGCUCCAACACGCAGUUCCGCUGCACCAGCGGCCGCUGCAUCCCCAACAACUGGGCCUGCGACGGAGACAACGACUGCGGCGACUUCAGCGACGAGAACGCAACAUGCUCCGGCGCUGUCCCUGCCUUGCCCCCCAUGGUGGUGGAGUGCAGUGCCGAGGAGUUCCAUUGCCGUGCCGACGAGACGUGCAUUCCGGAACGCUGGCGCUGCGACAGCGACAAGGACUGCGAGGACGGCAGUGACGAGGCCAACUGCCAGGGCACGCGGAGGAUGUGCGACCCCAUUGCCAAGUUCACCUGCAAGAACACAGGGAAGUGUAUCAGCAAGAGCUGGGUGUGUGACGGCGACAGCGACUGCGAGGACCGCUCGGACGAGGAGGCGUGCAGCGAUGCCAUCUGCAAACCCCCAGGGCACCCCUGUGCCAACGACACCUCCUCCUGCCUGCCCCCGGAGAAGAUCUGCGACGGCAGGAGGGACUGCGCCGACCAAUCAGACGAAGGCCCCUUCUGUGAUAAAUGCAGGGAGGCCAAUGGAGGCUGCAGCCACCAGUGCUCCGUGAUUCCAGGGAAAGGGGCAGUGUGCUCCUGCCCCACCGGCCUCCAUCUUGGCUCAGACAACCGCAGUUGCGAGGUGGUAGACUACUGCAGCAGGCACCUCAAGUGCAGCCAGAGUUGUGAGCAGCAGAAGACCGUGGUGAAGUGCUCCUGCUACCCGGGCUGGAGUCUCGAGCCAGACGGAGAGAGCUGCUACAGCACAGAUCCCUUUGAGGCGUUCAUCAUCUUCUCCAUCCGGCACGAGAUCAGACGCAUCGACCUCCACAAGCGCGACUACAGCCUGCUGGUGCCGGGCCUGAGGAACACCAUCGCCCUGGACUUCCACUUCAACCGCAGCCUGCUCUACUGGACCGACGUGGUGGAGGACAAGAUCUACCGCGGCAGGCUGUCGGACACGGGAGGCGUGACGGGGAUUGAGGUGGUGGUCCAGCACGGUCUGGCCACCCCAGAGGGGCUCGCCGUGGACUGGAUCGCAGGGAACCUCUACUGGAUCGACAGCAACCUGGACCAGAUCGAGGUGGCGAAGCUCAACGGGAACAUGCGCACCACGCUAAUCGCCGGAGGCAUGGAGCACCCAAGGGCCAUCGCCGUCGACCCAGGGGAAGGAAUCCUGUUCUGGACAGACUGGGAUGCCACUUUCCCGCGUAUCGAGGCGGCGUCCAUGAGUGGCAGCGGCCGACACGUGGUGUUCAGAGACAUGGAGAUCGGGGCCUGGCCCAACGGCCUCACGCUGGACCACCAGGAGAAGAGGAUGGUGUGGACGGAUGCUCGCUCCGAUGCCAUCUACUCUGCGUUGUACGACGGCACAGGGGUCAUUGAGAUCCUGCGGGGCCACGAGUACCUGUCGCACCCCUUUGCCGUGUCCCUGUUCGGGGGCAGCGUCUACUGGACGGACUGGAGGACCAACACACUGGCGCGGGCCAACAAGUGGACAGGCCACAACGUGACGGUCAUCCAGAAGACCAGCGCCCAGCCCUUCGACCUGCAGAUAUACCAUCCUAGCAGGCAGCCUCAAGCGUCCAACCCGUGUGAGGGCAACGACGGCAGGGGUCCCUGCUCUCACCUGUGCCUGAUCGACUACAACCGCACCGCCUCCUGCACCUGCCCCCACCUCAUGAAGGUGGCAGCCAACAGACGCUCCUGCACCGCACUGAAGAAGUUCCUCCUCUAUGUGAGGCGGACAGAGAUACGAGGCGUGGACUUGGACAACCCCUACCUGAACAUCAUGACCGCCCUGACGGUCCCCGACAUCGACGACGUGACGGUGGUGGACUACGACGCCCUGGAGGAGAGGAUCUACUGGGCCGACGUCAAGACCCAAACCAUCAAGCGGGCUUUCAUCAACGGAACCGGCCUGGAGACCGUUAUUUCUGGAGAUAUCGUGAACUGCCGAGGCUUGGCGUUGGACUGGCUCUCGAGAAACAUGUACUGGCUGAGCUCGGAGAACGACGAGACCCAAAUCAAUGUGGCACGUCUGGACGGCUCGUUAAAAGCCACCGUCAUCCACGGCAUCGAUAAGCCCCGCUGUCUCACUGUGCAUCCAACUAAAGGAAAGAUCUACUGGACAGAUGGGAGCACCAUCAACAUGGCCAACAUGGACGGCAGCAGCAGGAAGGUGCUUCAUCAGAAUCAGAGGGACCCAGUUGGCCUCUCCAUAGACUAUGCAGCCAGCAAGCUCUACUGGAUCAGCUCGGCCAAUGGGACCAUCAACAGGUGUAGUCUGGAAGGCAGCGGGUUCGAGGUCAUGGAGACCAUGAAGAGAGAACUUACCAAAGCUACGGCCUUGGCCAUCAUGGGUGGCAGACUGUGGUGGGCAGAUGACGACUUGGCGCAGCUGGGCACGGUUGCCAAGAGAGAUGGCCGUAACAUGGUGGUGCUGAGGAACAAGACCAGCGGAGUCGUCCACAUGAAGGUGUACGACCGAGACGGGCAUAAAGGGCGGAACCCCUGUCAGGUGAACAAUGGAGGCUGCGCCCAGCUCUGCCUGCCCACCUCGGAGAACUCGCGCAGCUGCGCCUGCACCGUUGGCUACAACCUGCGCGCCGACCGCAUGUCCUGCGAAGGUGUGGGGUCAUUUCUGAUGUACUCGGUUCACGAGGGUGUGCGUGGCGUCUCCCUUGACCCUGCCGACAGCUCUGAGACCCUCAUGCCCGUCACCGGAACCCUGUUCGCCGUGGGUGUUGACUUCCACGCAGCCAAUGACACGAUUUACUGGACGGACAUGGGGAUGAACCGCAUCUCCCGGGCGAAGCGUGACCAGACGUGGAAAGAGGACAUCAUCACCACGGGCAUCAGUAGAGUGGAGGGCAUCGCAGUCGACUGGAUCGCUGGAAAUAUCUACUGGACAGACCAUGGCCUCAAUCUGAUCGAGAUCGCCCGUCUGAAUGGCCUCUACCGCUCGGUGGUGAUCUCCGAGGGGCUCGACCAACCCAGAGCCAUCGCCGUGCAUCCACAGAGAGGGUACCUGUUCUGGACAGAGUGGGGCAAGAACCCGUGCAUUGGCAGGGCACGUCUGGACGGUUCUGAUCAGGUCACGAUGGUCACGACUGGAAUUGGCUGGCCCAACGGGAUCUCCAUCGACUACGAGGAAAACCGAUUAUACUGGUGCGACGCCCGCACAGACAAGAUAGAGCGCAUCAACCUUGAGACUGGCGAGAGCCGCGAGGUCGUGAUGUCCGCCGCCAAUGUCGACCUGUUCUCCGUGGCCGUCUUCGGCGCCUACCUCUACUGGUCUGACAGGGCCCAUGCCAACGGCUCUAUCCGCAGGGGCUCCAAGCACGACGCAUCGGACAUCGUCACCAUGAGGAGUGGCCUGGGAGUCAACCUGAAGGACGUCAAAGUCUUUAGUCGAGGCCGGGAGAAAGGAACCAACCCGUGUGCCCGUAGCAACGGCGGCUGCCAGCAGCUCUGCUUCCACCUGGGCAGCGGCCGCCGUACCUGCGCCUGUGCCCACGGCUACCUGGCUGAGGACGGCUUCGCCUGCCAGCGCUACGAGGGCUACCUGCUCUACUCCGAGCGCACCAUCCUCAAGAGCAUCCACCUGUCGGAUGAGAGCGACCUCAACUCGCCCGUGCAGCCGUUCGAGAACCAGGCCUACUUCAAGAACGUCAUCGCCCUGGCGUUGGAUUACCGGCAGGAGACCUCCGGCAGUAACCGCGUCUUCUUCAGCGACAUCCAUUACGGAAACAUCCAGAUGGUCAACGACGACUGGACAGGAAGGAGAGUCAUCAUUGAAAACGUGGGCUCAGUCGAGGGCCUGGCCUACCACCGGGCCUGGGACACCAUCUACUGGACCAGCUCCACCACCUCCAGUAUCAGCAGGCAUAGCGUGGACCAGACCCGGAACGGGGCGUUCGUUCGCGAGGCCGUGGUCACCAUGUCCGAGGACGACCACCCGCACGUGCUCGCGCUGGACGAGUGUCAAAACCUGAUGUUCUGGACUAACUGGAACGAGCAACGUCCGAGCAUCAUGCGCUCCACGCUCGCCGGCAACAACAUCAAGGUGAUCGUCGGCACGGACAUCUUCACUCCCAACGGCCUCACCAUAGACCACAAAGCCGAGAAACUCUACUUCUCCGACGGCAGCCUGGGCAAGAUCGAGAGGUGCGAGUACGACGGCUCAAACAGACAGGUCAUCGUGCGGUCUGGACCUGGGACCUUUUUUGGGCUGGCCGUCUACGGAGACUACAUCUUCUGGUCCGACUGGGCCCGCCGGGCCGUGUUGAGGUCCAAUAAGUUCACCGGUGGAGAGACAAAAGUCCUGCGAGCAGACAUACCUCACCAGCCUAUGGGCAUCAUCGCCGUAGCCAAAGACACCAACAACUGUGAGCUGUCUCCUUGUCGAGUGCAGAAUGGAGGCUGCGGUGACCUUUGCCAUUUGACCCCCAAUGGGCAGGUGAACUGCAGCUGCAGGGGGGAGCGGAUCCUUCUGGAUGACAACAGAUGUGUCUCUGAGAAUUCCUCCUGCAACAUUCACACCGAGUUUGAGUGUGGGAACGGCGAGUGCAUUGAAUACCAGCUCACAUGCGAUGGAAUAGCCCACUGCAAAGACAAGUCAGAUGAGAAAAUGCAAUAUUGUGACAACAGGAGCUGCAGGAGAGGCUUCCGCCCCUGCUACAACAGACGCUGUGUGGCCAACAGUCGCUUUUGUGACGGCGUGGACGACUGCGGUGACAACUCCGAUGAAGCCUUCUGCAACAACGUCACGUGUGCCUCUUCCGAAACCUCUUGCCAAGACGGGGCCUGCAUUCCGAGCUCAGCCUGGUGCAAUCAGGUCAUCGACUGCAGCGACGCCUCAGACGAAAAGAACUGCAAUAACACGGACUGUUUGGACUUCUUCCGACUGGGAGCGGCGGAGCAAGGCUUCGUCAGCUGCAACACCACCUCCCUGUGCGUGCACCCGUCCUGGAUCUGCGACGGUGCCAACGACUGCGGAGACUACGCCGACGAGACCAACUGCCAGGUGCCCCAGGGGAGCGGGUGUGAGGAGGGCCACUUCGCGUGUCCCAGUGGUAACUGCAUCUCCAGCGUGUGGCUAUGCGACGGCCAGAAAGACUGCGAGGACGGAGCUGACGAGUUCCAGUGUGACUCGUCCUGCCUGUGGAACCAGUUUGCCUGCUCCAAGAACAAGUGCAUCGCCAAGCAGUGGCUGUGUGAUGGAGAGGAUGACUGCGGGGACGGAGUGGACGAGAGCGAGGAGAUGUGUGGAUCGGUGACAUGUGCCCCCGGUCUGUUCAGCUGCCCGGGCUCCUACGCCUGCGUGCCCAAGCGCUGGCUCUGUGAUGGAGAGAGGGAUUGCCCCGAUGGCAGCGAUGAGCUGGCAGCGGCCGGCUGUGCCCCUAACAACACCUGUGACGAGAACUCCUUCCGUUGCCAGAACAAAGCGUGCAUCCCCAAGCGCUUCGUCUGCGACCAUGACAACGACUGCGGCGAUGGCUCUGACGAAUCAGUGGAGUGUGUGUACCGCUCCUGUGGUCCGGAGGAGUUUCGCUGUGCUGACGGCCGCUGUCUCCUCAGCGCCCAGUGGGAGUGCGACGGCCUCUCCGACUGCCCCGACCACUCGGACGAGCUGCCCCGAAACCUCAAAUGCCUGGCUGCCGAGAGCCUGUGCAAUGGCUCUUUCUUCAUGUGCUCCAAUGGCCGCUGCAUCUCUGAGAGCAGCCUAUGCGACCAGAAGGACGACUGCGGCGACCGCUCCGACGAGAAGAAUUGCAACGUUAAUGAGUGCCUGAACCGCCGCAUUAGUGGCUGCACACAGGACUGCCAGGACCUCCCCGUCGGGUACAAGUGCAAGUGCUGGCCCGGUUUUCGUCUGAAGAAUGACGGGAAGACCUGCGUAGACGUCGACGAGUGCACCUCGACGCUACCCUGCAGCCAGACCUGCAUCAACACGUUCGGCUCCUACAAGUGCCUGUGUGUGGACGGAUACGAGGCCAGCAAAAACAACCCCAACAGCUGCAAGGCCGUCUCAGCCGAGGAGCCUUUUCUGAUCCUCGCCGAUCAUCAUGAAAUCAGGAAGUUGAGUAUUGAUGGGUCCAACUACACGCUGCUCAAACAGGGCCUCAACAACAUCAUCAGUCUAGAUUUUGACUACAGGAAGGAGUUUGUCUACUGGAUCGACUCCACCAGACCCAGCGGGCGCAAGAUCAACAGGAUGCGUCUCAACGGCAGCGACCUUAAGAUUGUUCACAGAACGGCCGUUCCCAGCUCACUGGCGGUGGACUGGAUCGGGAAGAACCUCUACUGGUGUGACGUCGAGAGGAAAACCCUGGAGGUCUCCAAAUCCAACGGCCUCUACCCGACUGUCCUGGUCAGCUCAGGGUUGAAGAACCCCACUGAUAUCGCCCUUGAUUCACAGAUUGGGUAUGUGUUCUGGAUCGACUGUUGUGAAAACUCACACAUCGGUCGAGUGGGCACGGAUGGCAGUGGACAGGUGGUCAUCGUUGACAAAGAGAUCUAUAGCCCCACUGCCUUGGCCAUCGACUACACCAACAAGCGGCUAUACUGGGCGGAUGACAGCCACAUUCUAUUUGCAAACAUGGACGGAACACACAGGCAGAAGGUGCCCCAUGACCACAUCCAGAGCGUGAUGGGCCUGACCCUGUUUGAGGACUUCAUCUACUGGACGGAUGGGAAGUCCAAGUCCCUGCGGCGGGCCCACAAGACCACAGGGGAAAACGGCAUAGAGCUGCUCAACUCUUGGCAGGCCAUCGAGUCCAUAACCGUGUACCACCCUUUGCGGCAGCCUGAAGUUCCCAAGCAUCAGUGCCAAGUGGCUAACGGAGGGUGCAGCCAUUUGUGUCUGCUGUCUCCAGGUGGUUCGCACAGGUGUGCCUGUCCCACUAAUUUCUACCUGGCGGCCGACAACAAAACCUGCCUGUCCAACUGCACCGCCAGCCAGUUUCGAUGUGGAACAGAUGAGUGUAUUCCUUUCUGGUGGAAGUGUGACACGGUGGACGACUGCGGGGACGGGUCUGAUGAGCCAGCCGACUGCCCGGAGUUUAAAUGCCAGCCGGGACGCUUCCAGUGUGGCACGGGCCUCUGUGCCCUCCCGCCCUUCAUCUGCGACGGCGAGAAUGACUGCGGGGACAAUUCUGACGAGGCCAACUGCGAUACGUACCUCUGUCUGUCAGGGCAGUUUAAAUGCACUCGGAAGCAGAAGUGCAUCCCGCUCAACCUGCGCUGCAACGGCCAGGAUGACUGCGGAGACGGCGAGGACGAGACCGACUGUCCGGAGAGCACGUGCUCCCCGGACCAGUUCCAGUGCAAGACCACAAUGCACUGCAUCUCGAAGUUGUGGGUGUGCGACGAGGACCCGGACUGCGCCGACGGCUCGGACGAAGCCAACUGCGAUGAGAAAACCUGUGGACCUCACGAGUUCCGCUGCAAGAACAACAACUGCAUACCGGACCACUGGAGGUGCGACAGCCAGAACGACUGCGGAGACAACUCAGACGAAGAGAACUGCAAACCAGUGACCUGUAACCAUAAAGACUUUGCCUGUGCCAACGGCGACUGCAUCUCAGCACGGUUCCGCUGUGAUGGCGACUAUGACUGCGUCGAUAAUUCGGAUGAGAAGGACUGUGAGACGCGGUGUGCUGAGGACCAGUUCCAGUGCCACAACAACCUGUGCAUCUCCCUCAAGUGGCUCUGCGACGGCCAGGAGGACUGCAAGACCGGGGAGGACGAGAAGAACUGCCAGGAGACUGAGACAGUGGUCCCCUCCUGUUCCCUGAACGAGUACGUGUGUGCCAGCGGGGGAUGCGUGCUGGCCAGCUUGAGGUGUGACGGACAUGACAACUGUCUAGACGGAUCUGAUGAGACGGAUUGUGUGAAGGAGUGCAAGGAGGACGAGUUCCUGUGCAGAAACCAUGCCCACUGCAUCCCGAAGAGAUGGCGCUGCGAUGACGUCUUCGACUGUGUAGAUCACAGCGACGAGGAAAACUGUGAACAUGGAGCUUUCUUCUGCCGGCCUGACGAGUUCAUUUGCAACAACACGCUGUGUAAGCUGCACGCAUGGGUGUGUGAUGGAGAGGAUGACUGCGGCGACAACUCCGACGAGAGCCCAGACAUGUGUGCAAAGCUCCCGUGCCCCCCAACCAGGCCGUACAAAUGCAGGAACGGACGCGUGUGUCUGCGCUUGGACCAGGUCUGCAACAAAAAGGAUGACUGCGGGGACAAUUCUGACGAGGAGGAAUGUGAGGUGAUAUCGGGCCGCCCCACGCCGUGUGGCAAGACGGAGUGGACGUGUGGGAACCAGCGCUGCAUCCCCAUGCAGCUUCAGUGUGAUCUGUUUGAUGACUGCGGAGAUGGGUCAGAUGAGAGAGACUGCAAGGCCAUCUCGAGCGGUGAUCUGUGCGGGAAGAGGACCAACCCGUGCGGGGAGGAGGCUGUUUGCAAUCAGACAAACACCAAUGCAAUUUGCCAGUGCAAACUUGGCUUUCAGAGGAACCAGAGUAGCAAGCAGUGUGAAGAAAUUGAUGAGUGCCUGCAGUUUGGCACGUGCUCUCAUUAUUGCACAAACACUAAAGGAUCAUAUAAGUGCACUUGUGACCGAAAUUUCAAAGAUAUCAAUGGAAACUGUGAAGCAAAAGGACCAGAAGAUCGAGUGCUCCACAUAGCUAAUGACACUGAAAUCCGAAGUUUUGUGUAUCCGUUUAACCAGAGCCAUGGACACAAACUACUCACUCGCAUCGAGGAAAAUGCCCGCAUCAUCGGGAUGGAUGCUCUGUUGCACCAACAAAAGUUUAUCUGGGCUACCCAAUUUAAUCCGGGUGGACUUUUUUACAGAGAAAUCUCUGACAGAAGUCAAACUAAAACUAAUGUCGGGAUCAUAUGUCCAGACUUCAGGAGACCCAGAGACGUGGCGGCAGACUGGGUAACGGGAAACAUAUAUUGGACAGAUCACUCACGGAUGCACUGGUUCAGUUAUUACACAGCCCACUGGACCAAACUGAGAUACUCGAUUAACGUGGGUCAACUCAAAGGCCCGAACUGCACCCGGCUGAUAACGGACAUCGCAGGCGAGCCGUACGCCAUCGUGGUCAAUCCAGCCAGAGGAAUGAUGUACUGGUCAGUGAUUGGUGACCGGUCACAUAUAGAAGAGGCAGCCAUGGAUGGCUCUAUGCGCAGGGUGCUUCUGGAUAAGAAACUUAGGAGACCCACAGGCCUGACAAUCGAUUACUUCACUCAGCGUCUGUACUGGGCAGAUGCGGAGCUGGCCACCAUUGGCAGUGUGCGGUUUGAUGGAUCAGAUCCCCAGGAGUCUAUCGGAGGCAAAUACGGGAUUCCAAAUCCAUAUAGAAUCGAUUUAUUUGAGGACUUCAUCUAUGGAACGGGUCUGAAGAAUGAGGUCUUCAGGAUACACAAGUAUGGAAAACAGCAGAUGGAGCUUCUGGACCUGGGUGUGGAGAAAGCCACAAACAUCAUGGUGUCCCAUCGGUACAAGCAACAGGAGGGAUUGUCAAACCCGUGCCUGAAGAUGUCCUGUGACUUCCUGUGUCUACUGAACCCCACCGGAGCCAGGUGCACGUGCCCCGAGGGCAAGAGUCUCAUCAACGGCUCCUGCACAGACCCCAAUAUCUCAGGAGAGCUGUGUCGGCCUGCCUGUGAGAACGGAGGCCGCUGCCUGGCCAAUGAGAAGGGGGGGAUGCGCUGCUACUGCUGGCCUGACUUCUCCGGAGAGAGAUGCGAGGUGAACCACUGCACAGACUACUGCCUCAACGGAGGCACCUGUGUGGGCUCGCCCCUCGGGCGUCCGACGUGUCACUGUGCGAUGGGCUUCACCGGCGCGAACUGCGAGCGGCGCGUCUGUGACAACUACUGUCUGAACGGCGGCACGUGUGAGGUCAGCACCGGCAACCAGCCCACCUGCCGCUGCUUGGCGGAGUACACCGGGGAUCGCUGCCUCUACCACAUCUGUCAUCAUUACUGCGUCCACUCCAAGGCCUGCACCCUGUCCAGCUCUGGCCACGUGGAGUGUGUGUGUCCGGCGCGAUACGAGGGCAGCAAGUGUGAUGUUGACAAGUGCCAGAGGUGUCACGGGGCUCCAUGCAUCAUAGACAGUGACACCGGCGAAGUGGCCUGCAACUGCACGACCGGCAGAAUAGCGCCCAGCUGUCAGCUCUGUGAUGGCUACUGCUACAACGGGGGCACCUGUCACCUGGAUCCAGACACAAAUCUGCCCUUCUGCCACUGCACUGCUGGCUACAAGAACCAGCGCUGCGACGAGCUGGCCAACCCGUGCGAUUACUACUGUCAGAACGAGGGGAUAUGCACAAUAACAGCCUUUAACAAACCCCGCUGCAAAUGCUCGGCCAACUGGUCAGGGACGCAGUGUGAGAGGCCGGCGCCCAAGAGCAGCCGCUCCGACAACACCAGUCCAGGGAGCAUAGCGAUCAUCGUGCCGCUUGUGCUUCUGGUGAUUCUCAUCACCACCGUGGUGGCCAGUGUGUUCAUCUGCAAGAGAAGGCAAAGAUUAAAAAGUCUGUCUCCCAGGGGCAAGCGCGUGCAGAGACAGCCCGUGACCAACGGAGGACUGAACGUCGAGAUCGGCAACCCGUCCUACAACAUGUACGAGGUGGACCACGACAACCACGCCGACGCAGGGAGCCUCCUCAAGCCCAACUUCACACUAGACCCCCACAAGGGCUGGUGUGUAAAAUCCAGUGACACUCGCACCUUGAACAUUCACACAAUCCCAAAAGAAGGCAUACCUGGACAGCCUAUGAACUACUCUAACCCCGUGUACGCGAAGAUCUACCUUGACGGCCAAAACUGUCGGAAGCCGGUCAUCAACAUUGACGAGAGGAGAGAGCUACUCCCAAAGAAACUAGAGGGCGCUAUUCGAGAGACCGCCGCAUAGCCUGACCUUACACUUUCUAUUCCUUUUUUUACGUCCGUGUAAAAAGUGUAAAAAAAACUAAAAUAAAUAAAUGGAAGGGGAUUAAAAACAACAAUUUUUCUAUUUCCUAUCAGGUUCGGAUAACUCAUUUAGGAUUGUUUUGACAUCGGCAUUACCUCCUCGUCCCCUUCAGUGUCUCACAGCCCUGGGCUUACUAUUCGUAUGUUAUAUUUUUGUUUUUAUUUUCCUUUGUUUCUGUUUAAUGGUCAUACAUACUGUAUACUGCACUAUAUAUGAUGUUGAUAUAAAAAGCUGCUCAUUUGCAUAUGAACUUACUUACAUAAGUAAACCACAGUAGCAAAUGAAACCUGUUCUACUUUAAGUGUUCUGUUUUUUUUUAUUAUUAUUAUUAUUGUUUGUUUUUUUUUUGUUAUGAAAUUUGCUUUUGCUAUGUGGGACAGUAACUCGCUUUUAUGGCUUCCUGUAACUGCAGUUUCUACAAGAAUUAUGUUACUUUUAUGACAGCACUUGUUUAAUUGUGCUGUGUUGUGUUAUUCUGGGAUUUCAAAACAAAUGUAUUUUUGGUCUCAAAUGUUGGUCAACUGUUAAUUUUAUUUAUUUUGUUUAUUUUUUUUUUUUGGUCUUGCCUUAUUCACAUGCAUUUUUGUUUGAACAAAGGCUGUGUUCAUCACCCGAAAGACCUUGUUAUGGCCAAGCUGUUUGGAAUGAACAAACCAACACACAAACAAACCAACAAACAAACAAACCAAGCUGUGUUCAGUUGCCAGUGCAUUGUCUGGCUUUGUCAGGGGAAAAAAAGAAGAAAAAUAAAUACUGCAUAUACUCAGUGUUUAUAUCCAGUCCAACCAGGGGAUAUUUUUAAGCAGUUUCAACUUUAUCAUGCUUUAUCAUGCAUAUCUCUCUCUCUCUCUCUCUCUCUCUCUCUCUCUUUGUCUCUCUCUCUCCCUCUCUUCAAACAUCUAACUCUAGAAACGUAUGCGGUGCCAUAGCCAAACUCAAACACAUUGUGAAUGAAAAUGUACUGCGUUCACGAUGAUAACUGACCCUUGAACCCUUAGUAGUGUCAGCUGCCAUCAUCCUGCCAAAAUGAGCACAUGUUAACAGUAUGUUGAGAGAUGUUGGCUGCUCAAAAUGAUCCCUAAAAGACCCCUAAUGGUUUAAACUGACCAGACAUCUGACAGUAUGCUAUACAUAACUACAACUUGUGGAAGUGAUUUUUUUUUUUUGCUUAUGCCCAACACGGUGUUUCACUCAUCCACCAUUAGCUUACUACAGUAUGAGAUCACAUGGAGAGGACUUGACAUGACCUUACUGUUACAUGGCAAUUUUAGAGUAUUAUAUAUGACAUCACUUCAUCUGCUGCUCCAGAGAGGAAGGCAGAUGAACAAAACAGAUUUUAUAAUUUUGUAUUUGAUUUAUAUGUUGUUUGGCUGCUUGUAUUUUGAAGAACUGUAUUAAAUGUAAGUACUUUUAUAUAAAAAAGUGAAUCAAUAUAAAAUAAAGGCAUUUUAUUUCCA